GCUACUCCUCUCGCUUUCAUGCCAUCAGGUUAGGAAGCUAGCGAGCGAGCUAAGCUAGAGUGACGCUAGGCCUCCAGCAGAACCAGCGGCAGAAGCAACCGAGAUCACACGCUGCUGUUCGGAAGGAGACAAGUAUUCCUUUAUGAACCUGCAUGAGAGCUGUUAAAAUACCACAAAUAUGGUGGUUCUCAAAAUUCGAGACCAGCCUCCUUUGCUGAAAGCUAUUUUCAAUGUAGAUCCUGAUGAAGUACGUUCCCUCAUAUUCAAAAAAGAAGAUGUGAAUGCACAGGACAAUGAGAAGCGAACUCCAUUGCAUGCCGCUGCCUAUCUCGGAGAUGCAGAAAUUAUAGAGCUGUUGAUUCUAUCUGGUGCAAGAGUAAAUGCCAAAGAUAACAAGUGGCUCACUCCCCUGCACCGAGCUGUGGCCUCCUGCAGUGAGGACGCUGUCCAGGUGUUGCUGAAACACUCGGCUGAUGUAAAUGCCCGAGACAAAAACUGGCAGACGCCACUUCACAUCGCCGCCGCCAAUAAGGCGGUCCGCUGCGCCGAAGCCCUCGUGCCACUACUCAGCAAUGUGAAUGUGUCAGACAGAGCAGGCCGCACCGCGCUGCACCAUGCAGCCUUCAGCGGUCAUCUGGAGAUGGUGAGACUCUUGCUCUCCAGAGGGGCCAACAUCAAUGCUUUUGACAAGAAGGACCGCCGUGCGAUACACUGGGCCGCCUACAUGGGACACAUAGAAGUGGUGAAGCUGCUGGCGUCACAUGGAGCUGAGGUGGCCUGCAAAGAUAAGAAAUCUUACACCCCCCUACAUGCGGCAGCCUCUAGUGGAAUGAUCAGCGUUGUCAAAUACCUCCUGGACUUGGGGGUGGAUAUCAAUGAGCCCAAUGCAUAUGGCAACACACCCCUCCAUGUGGCCUGCUACAACGGGCAAGAUGUGGUUGUGAACGAGCUCAUAGACUGUGGAGCCAACGUCAACCAGGUGAACGAGAAGGGCUUUGCCCCUCUGCAUUUCACCGCCGCCUCGCGUCACGGAGCGCUCUGCCUGGAGCUUCUGGUUUGCAAUGGGGCAGAUGUCAACAUUAAAAGUAAAGAUGGGAAGACUCCACUCCACAUGACAGCGAUCCAUGGGAGGUUCUCAAGGUCUCAAGCAAUCAUUGAGAAAGGUGCAGAGAUUGACUGUGAAGACAAGAACGGAAAUACACCACUACACAUUGCAGCUCGAUAUGGCCAUGAACUCCUCAUUAACACUCUCAUCUCCAACAGAGCUGACACAGCUAAACGAGGAAUCCAUGGCAUGUUCCCACUGCAUUUAGCUGCUCUCAGUGGCUUCUCUGACUGCUGCAGAAAGCUCCUGUCUUCAGGCUUUGAUAUUGAUACUCCUGAUGACUUUGGGAGGACCUGUUUACAUGCUGCAGCAGCUGGAGGAAACCUGGAAUGUCUCAAUCUUCUCCUCAACACUGGGGCUGACUUCAACAGAAAGGACAGCUUUGGCAGGACCCCUCUGCACUACGCUGCUGCCAAUUGUAACUACCAGUGCCUGUUUGCUCUGGUGGGGUCUGGGGCCAGCGUCAAUGACCUAGACGAGCGGGGCUGCACUCCUCUCCACUACGCCGCUGCGUCUGACACAGAUGGAAAGUGCCUGGAAUAUUUACUGAGAAAUGAUGCAAAUCCGGGGAUCCGGGACAAUCAGGGCUACAAUGCUGUGCACUACGCCUCAGCGUAUGGACAUCGCCUUUGUCUGGAGCUGAUUGCAAGUGAAACACCCCUAGAUGUGCUAAUGGAAACCUCAGGGACAGACAUCCUGAACGACGCCGAUGUCAGAGCCCCCGUCAGUCCCCUGCAUCUUGCUGCAUACCAUGGUCACCAUCAAGCUAUGGAGGUUCUGGUGCAGUCUCUGCUGGAUCUGGAUGUGAGAAACAGCCAAGGGCGCACACCCCUGGACCUGGCUGCCUUCAAAGGGCAUGUGGAGUGUGUGGAUGUCCUAAUCAACCAGGGAGCCUCCAUCUUGGUGAAAGAUUACACCUUGAAGCGAACCCCUAUACAUGCUGCAGCUACCAAUGGUCACUCAGAAUGUUUACGUUUGCUCAUUGGAAAUGCUGAUCUUCAAAGUGCAGUAGACAUUCAAGAUGGGAAUGGACAAACCCCUCUCAUGCUAGCGGUCCUGAGUGGACACACAGAUUGUGUGUAUUCUCUGCUGAAUAAAGGAGCCAAUGUAGAAGCCAAAGACAAAUGGGGCAGGACAGCCCUGCACAGAGGGGCGGUGACUGGCCAUGAGGAAUGUGUGGAAGCUUUGCUUCAGCACAGCGCCAGCUUCCUGGUGCGAGACUGUAAAGGGCGCACACCGAUCCACCUGGCAGCGGCGUGUGGACACAUAGGGGUACUGGGAGGCCUUCUGCAUGCUGCCCAAUCAGUGGAAACACUCCCUGUCUUAACAGACAACCAAGGCUACACCCCACUGCACUGGGCCUGCUACAAUGGUCACGAUACGUGUGUGGAGGUUUUGCUGGAGCAAGAGGUUUUCCACAAGGCCGAUGGCAAUUCUUUCAGCCCCCUCCACUGUGCUGUGAUCCAUGACAACGAAGGUGCUGCUGAGAUGCUGAUAGACACACUGGGCCCUGCAAUUGUCAAUUCCAAAGACAGUAAAAACAGGACCCCGCUGCACGCAGCAGCCUUCACUGACCAUGUGGAGUGUCUCCAGCUGCUGCUGAGCCACAACGCUCAGGUCAACAGUGUCGACGCCGUGGGGAAGACACCGCUCAUGAUGGCUGCUGAGAACGGCCAGACCAACGCUGUCGAGGUGCUGGUGAGCAGUGCAAAAGCAGAUCUCACUCUACAAGAUGCUGCAAAGAACACUGCACUACACCUGGCCUGCAGUAAGGGACAUGAAACCAGUGCCUUGUUGAUAUUGGAGAAGAUUACAGACAGAAACCUCAUAAAUGCUACUAAUGCCGCCUUACAGACGCCUCUACACGUGGCUGCAAGAAAUGGCCUGACUGUGGUGGUGCAAGAGCUGCUUGCAAAGGGAGCCAGUGUCCUUGCAGUUGAUGAAAAUGGUUACACGCCCGCCUUGGCUUGUGCCCCCAACAAAGAUGUGGCAGACUGCCUAGCCCUCAUCCUGGCCACCAUGAUGCCUGUGUCUCCCUGCACCCCGGCACCAACCCUCCCAUUCAGUGCCAUUAACCAUUACACUACCAGCCCCUCCAAGAGCGUCACGUUCGACAGCCUGCCCGUGCUGCGUGGCGAGCACAGCUCAUACUGCAGCUUCAACAACAUCAGCCACCACGACGGCUUCUACAAAGACGAGGAGCUCAACGACUCUGAUUCAGAGACGUACUGAAGGAAGGGAGAAAGUGAUAAAUGCAUAAACACACACUGUGUCUUAAAAAUCACCCACCAUGACUUCGGGAAGGCAGAAUGAGACACAAGCCCCCACAGGAGCCUUAAGAGUCCCCCCUACCCCUUCAUCACCACCACCACCAGAGAGCGAGCAAGUGAGGGAGGAGGUGCAGCAGGCUGGCCAACGCUCAUCACCACCUCAUCCAGCACUAGGUGUCCUUUCAACUAAUACUGGACCUCAGUGACCACUGCUUUACCCACACGGACUUCUUGAGUGCUAAAACCUGGACUUGUUGGGUAGACGGCAACCUUUCUAAGGCAAUAACAUGCUGUAGACGGGUGGUUGCACAUCACAGAGAGCUAAACCAACAGGGACCAAGAGACAUGGAUACAUUUUAACCCAGUUUUAACUGUGCAAAUGAGACUGAGAAGGUUUGGGUUCAUCAGCGGUUCGCUGUUUCUGUUAGUGUGUGUGUGUGCGUGCGUUUGUUUGGAGGGUUGGGGGUGGGGGGGUUCAUGGGUUUAUAUCCGCACACUACACCCUUCAGAAUGCACUUGUCCUUCAAGUCUGUAAAAGUCAUACUGGGGGAAAAAUCAUUUAUUUUUUGAGAUCAAAUUUUUAUUAAACCCAUUUUUCAUGUCUUAAAUUCCUUAUCCUCUAGAGGAAAACAAAAAAAAAGUCAGGUUUUAAUGAUCUGAGUAAUUUCAAAAAAUUUGAUAUGUGCACCAGUUAAUUAUUAGGUCGAGCAACCUUAAUUUUGUACAUUGACUUGUCCAUUGCGGUUUAGUCUUUGAAGAAUAAAUUAUUUGUGUACUUCUGGUCCCUUUUUAUGUGUUCAUUUUGUGCCUUCAUUAGUUACUGAGAAAGGAUGGGUUUGUAGAGGCAGCUGUGAAAGUACAGUGGUGCACACUAGGUAAGUAUUUAAACAUUUGUAAGAAGCACUGAUCCCUUACUGAGGUAUUUAGGCUGAGCUUUGCGAGGAGAAACACUGUAAACCAAUGAUAGGACGGCAUUUGAUUUUUCUUCUGUCUGAAUGAUAUUUUUGCUCUUAUCUUAGUCAAUGUAUUGACUUUUGCUUGCUUUAACUUCAAAAAAAGAGAGAGAGAGAAACCACUCGAUUGUACCCUGAUUCAAGAAUUUACAGUUUUGUUUGUUGAAAAAUGCUUUUAACUGGAAUUAUGUAAAAUACAUUCGCUAGCUUCAUUAGUAUGGAAAAGUGUUUUUUUCUUUUCCUUGCUUUUUUUUCUUGAAGAGGAAUGAAACUAGCAUGUAUAUAGGGAAAAUGACUGUGAAUUCAAGUUCCAAUGAAUUCUUUCAGUACUGAGAUUGCUGUAUAUUUUAUGAGUAAUAAAGAAAUGAGUUAUUUAAUGAUGAA